AUGUUAGAGGUUUCCGGUGUUGGAGCUAUAUGUAAAUCGGAAGGAGUAUCAGCAGAAUUAUCAUCACCAUCAUCGAUUAUUAUUAGAUAUUUUGAUUUUGCAAAUUUGACUAGAUCACUUACUUCCUCACAUACAAAAAUCAAUCAA